AUGCUUGCAGCCUAUGUCGAUCUCAAGAAGGCGUUUGACUCAGUACAUAAAGAGACACUCUGGGAUCUUUUGCAUAUCCGUGGGAUUCCUUCAAGGAUUAUUGGUCCAUCAACUGGACUCUACUCUGGGACUGUAAGUCUUGUGAAGUAUGGAGGGGGCGUGUCCAGCUUCUUCCAUGUGAAUACGGGAGUCAGGCAGGGAAGCGUGCUUGAUCCAUCACUUUUCAGCAUUUGCAGGGACUGGAUACUAGGCAGAGUCGUAGACCAAAGUCAUUGUGAACCAUCUGUUGACAAUACUGAGAUUACAGAUCUUGAUUUUGUCGAUGGUGCAGUAUUCUUUACUGAGUCACUGGAGGUUCUGUUAAUGACUCUAGAGGCACUACACAAGGAGGUGAAGCCCCUGGGAAUCCAAAUUUCCUGUCACAAGACCAAGGAUCAGGUGUUUGGAGCCUUACUGGAUGAAACAGUACAGUCUUUCCAUGCGUAUGGUGAGGACAUUGACAUCUCAGAAAGUUUCACAUACCUUGAUAGUGUAGUGCAUAACGACGUUGGAUUGAGCCAGGAAGUUGCAUGGCGGAUUGGCCUGGCCUACGGCGUUAUGAACUCGUUCAACUUGAGUAUUUGGCGUUUCGGUACCUGUGCAGACAGAAAAAGAUUCGGAUCUUCAAGUCGCUGGUGA